AAUUAAGCUUGUGACUGCCGGCUGCCUCCUUCCGCGCGCGAUCUGAGCUCCUUCGUCUUCGGCUGCCGUCAUCUUCUCUUCCCAUCGUCGUCGUCAUCAGGGCUUGUAUCUAGCGGGGUUGGUUGGAUACGUAUCAUGACUACUACCGUUCAGCUCCUGGAUUCCCUUGAUGUCCCCCAUGGAGUGCCGCAGAUGAAACUCUGGACCGAACACCUCCCCAUCCAAAUAAAAAAUCAGGGCAACACAUUUGUUUGUUGGGCAUAUGUUGCGGCUAAGCAUUAUGAGUAUGUGAGGGCCAUUACGUAUCCAGAUGACCCUCACAUUUCAUUCUCCGUUCAACAGCUCAUCGACGGUGUGUGCCCUUCUCCACGGAAAGUGGAUAAGAAGGGGGGAUACAAAUGGAGAGCAAGCAGCGCACUCCAAUGGAUUGUGGACAAUGGCCUUGCAACAGAGGCGGAUUACCCCAUGGCGCCGUAUAGGGGAUGUUUUCGACAGCUUAUGUCUAAUUGGAAAUUUAGGGCCUCAUCUGUGAAGUUGAUUCCCGACGGAGAUGAGGACGAAGUCAUCAGAGUAGUUGCCAAACAUCCCAUUGCGGCAUGCGUGGAAGUGUAUCCGUCAUUCAUAAAAUUGGAAAAGGGUGUUUAUCGGGGCCCAACCCCAGAAGAGACCAGCAAAGGUUAGUGUGCGCGUUUGCCAUCGGUUGAAGACCGUCAAGUGUCACUCGACGUCUGAAGCUGAAGGGAGGAAACGCUACUAUUUAGGAGUUUAAUUAUUAAUAGAAUAGAGAAUAUCGAACAAUUAAUUUUGCUUUUUAGUUCUUUUUGUUAUUGUUCAAUUCCUUUUUAGAAUUAGAACUCUAUUAUACCUUAAGUUUAGUUUUAAAAUGGUAGAAUUUUAUUCCUUUUUUGUUAUUUUGCAUGUCGAUGCUUUACAUAUUUCCAUGCAAACUUUUACAUUGUUUUUUAAUCUUGC